UAUGAAGGCAGAUUCUUAAAAUACAACCAAUGAUGCGUCUUCACAAGCUCUAUCAUCGUCUCUCUCUCCUCCCCUCCAUCUCUCCCCUCUCACUCCUCUCCAUCUCUUCGAAACCCAGCCAUUUCUUCUCCUCCUCUUUACCCCUCUCCCGCCGUCGACCUCGCCGCUCCCUCAGAACCGUCGCCACCAUGGCCUCCUCCUCCAGACUGCGUAAUCUCGUUCCUCUUAACGCGAUUGUCGCUGAGGAUGCUACCACCGGUGGAGCUUCCAAUGGUUCUGCUUCUUCUUCUUCUGCAGCAAACGCUCUAGCUGAUGAAGAAGAUGAUUCCACGGCAGAAGUUGGAUAUCGUCUUCCUCCACCGGAGAUUAGAGAUAUUGUUGAUGCUCCACCUCUUCCUGCAUUGUCAUUCUCGCCUCACAGAGAUAAAAUACUAUUUCUUAAGCGGAGAGCUUUACCUCCUUUGGCAGAACUAGCAAGACCAGAAGAAAAGUUGGCUGGAAUUCGUAUUGAUGGGAAAUGUAAUACCAGAAGUCGUAUGUCAUUCUACACAGGAAUUGGGAUCCAUCAGUUAAUGCCAGAUGGUACAUUAGGGCCAGAGAAAGAGAUUCAUGGGUUUCCUGAUGGUGCUAAGAUCAAUUUUGUUACUUGGUCUCCUGAUGGUCGACAUUUAUCCUUCAGUAUUCGAGUUGAUGAGGAAGAAAACAGUACUAGCAAGCUCAAGGUAUGGGUUGCUGAUGUAGAAACAGGGAAAGCUAGGCCAUUGAUUCAGAAUCCAGAUAUCUAUUUGAAUGCAGUUUUUGACAAUUUUGUUUGGUUGGACAACUCAACUCUGUUAGUUUCCACCAUACCCCUAUCCAGGGGAGACCCUCCAAAGAAACCUAUUGUUCCUUUUGGCCCAAAGAUACAAUCUAAUGAGCAAAAGAAUGUUAUUCAAGUAAGGACCUUCCAGGAUUUGCUUAAGGAUGAGUAUGAUGCAGAUUUGUUUGACUACUAUGCCACAAGUCAACUGGUUUUGGCUUCCUUGGAUGGGACAGUGAAGGAAUUUGGUCCCCCAGCUGUAUAUACUUCAAUGGAUCCUUCUCCAGAUCAAAAGUACACCUUGAUUUCUUCAAUUCACCGGCCAUACUCUUUUAUUGUACCAUGUGGAAGAUUUCCCAAAAAGGUGGAUCUCUGGACAGCUGAUGGAAGGUUUGUUAGAGAGCUUUGUGAUCUACCUCUUGCAGAGGAUAUCCCAAUUACAACCAGUAGUGUGCGGAAAGGGAUGCGCUCCCUAAAUUGGAGAGCAGAUAAACCAUCUACUCUUUACUGGGUUGAGACUCAAGAUGGAGGAGAUGCUAAAGUUGAAGCUUCUCCACGUGAUAUUAUCUAUACACAACCUGCCAAACCACUUAACAGCGAAGAGCCAGAAAUCCUGCACAAGCUAGAUCUUCGUUACGGGGGGAUCUCUUGGUGUGAUGAUUCACUUGCGCUAGUUUAUGAAUCGUGGUACAAAACACGGAAAAUCAGAACCUGGGUAAUUUCUCCUGGAUCAAAAGAUGUCAGCCCUCGUAUCCUAUUUGAUAGGUCAUCAGAAGAUGUUUACUCUGAUCCUGGCUCACCCAUGCUGAGGAGAACUCCUGCAGGGACUUAUGUGAUUGCUAAGAUAAAGAAAGAAAAUGAUGAUGGCACUUAUGUUUUACUUAAUGGAAGUGGUGCUACACCAGAAGGAAACAUCCCAUUCCUAGAUUUAUUUGAGAUAAGCACAGGUAACAAAGAACGUAUAUGGAAGAGUGACAAAGAAAAGUAUUUUGAGACGGUUGUUGCGCUAAUGUCUGAUGAGAGAGAAGGAGAUCUGCUCGUUGAUCAGCUGAAAAUAUUGACCUCUAAGGAGUCAAAGACUGAAAACACUCAAUAUUAUAUCAUGAGCUGGCCAGAAAUGAAAGCAUGUCAAAUUACAAAUUUCCCUCAUCCCUAUCCACAGUUAGAAACAUUGCAGAAAGAGAUGGUCAGAUACCAGAGAAAGGAUGGCGUUCAACUUACUGCAACAUUAUAUCUUCCACCUGGCUAUGAUCCAUCAACAGAGGGGCCUCUUCCAUGCUUGAUCUGGUCUUAUCCCGGGGAGUUUAAAAGCAAAGAUGCUGCUGGCCAAGUCCGUGGCUCUCCUAAUGAAUUUGCUGGCAUAGGUCCUACAUCAGCCCUCCUUUGGCUGGCCAGAAGGUUUGCUAUUCUAUCUGGACCAACUAUUCCAAUUAUUGGUGAGGGUGAAGAGGAAGCGAAUGAUAGAUAUGUGGAGCAAUUAGUUGCUAGUGCAGAAGCUGCUGUGGAGGAAGUUAUCCGUCGUGGAGUGGCGCAUCCCAACAAAAUUGCUGUAGGAGGACAUUCCUAUGGUGCAUUCAUGACUGCAAACCUGUUGGCACAUGCCCCUCAUCUUUUCUGUUGUGGAAUUGCUCGCUCUGGUGCCUAUAACAGAACACUUACUCCUUUCGGUUUCCAGAACGAGGACAGAACUCUUUGGGAGGCUACUAAUACUUAUGUAGAGAUGAGUCCUUUCAUGUCAGCUAACAAAAUUAAGAAGCCCAUUUUGCUAAUCCACGGAGAAGAAGACAAUAAUCCAGGAACUUUAACCAUGCAGUCAGAUCGGUUUUUUAAUGCUUUGAAAGGUCACGGUGCUCUUUGCCGCCUAGUAAUUCUUCCCUUUGAGAGCCAUGGUUAUGCUUCGCGAGAAAGCAUCAUGCAUGUACUCUGGGAAACUGAUAGAUGGUUUCAGAGAUAUUGCGUGUCAAAUGCUAUUGAUGUAAAUGCAGAUGUAGAUGGGAGUAAAGAAAACGUGGGUCUUGGAGCGGAUUCUGAAACCAAAGCAGUCGCUGCUAGUGGAGGUGGAGGUUCAGAAGAGUCAAAUUUUGAGGAUGAAGGGUUCCCCUCGAGGAAAAGGUCAUUAUUAUGAGUAAAUCGCUGGUCUAUUUGGCUGCCAAGGAUUAAAGCUGGAGCUCUAAGUUUGAGUAUACAAGUGGGCACAAUAACUUAUGCUACUUUUACAGUCGAGUUUGAGUGUAAUCUAUAUGCGUAUCAACUGCUCUCUGGCCCCAAACCCAAAUUUUUACUGAACCACUCGUAGCAGGGUGACCUCUUCUGACUUGCUACCAUGUGAAGAGGCCUGCUAUAUUUUUUUUAAUAAAGCUCUUGGGAAAAAGAGUCAUUUGUAUAGUUGAGCUCAUUCUGACUAUUUGAGAGGUCAUUUUCUUCACAUAAUAAAAUGGAUCUUGUACUGGACAAAUACAUGCAUCCCAUUAAUAAAGUUUGGUGUAGAACUGUA